AUGAAGCUUUCCGUUGUCAUCUCUUUUUUCGCUACCGCAGCUCUUGCUAUGCCGCUUGACGGCCAAUUCAAUGAUGUGGCAAAGCGAUGCGGUGUUGGCAGGCGGAGUGAAAUUGUCCACGCUGUGCGAUCUGCUGUGGAUACUGUCAAGGUCAAGCGAGACCUCAAUGAGGUCGAUGUGGAAGAGAUUUCCGCGGCUCUAUAUUCGGCUUGGUGCACCCCGUGA